AUGGUCUACACGAGAUUUUAUGCGAUGUUUUCCGUAUUUGUUCAUAGUGCUAGUCUAUGGUUUACGGUCAAUAUGGCAGUAAUGCGGUAUCUAGUACUCUAUAAAGGUAGUCAUGCACAUAGCCGUUUGCCACAUUGCAAUGGCUAUCCAGCUGCUUGUAUAGCGAUCGUCCUCGGAGCAGUGAUCGCACUCAUAGGCAGUCUACCCAAUAUGCUCCGCUAUAGAAUCAAAUUCGUAAAAGAGAUGCCAGUUACCUGA